AUGUACAAGUAUACCCCCGCCCCGCCUUACGUCCACGCUCCCCCCACUGCCACCCCUCCAGCCCUCACCGCCCUCCCCAUUCAUCUCAUCCACCGCAUCCUCCUCCUCACCCUCGACCACCGAGCCACCCCGAGCCGUUUCUGGUCGGAUCCCGAGGAGGAACGAGUCCGGAGACUGUGGGCGCUCUUUCGUGGGCUCAGAGGUGUUUGUAGAGUGUUCUGGCUAGUGGCGACGUCGAUACUAAGGACACAUUACCUCGGCCCCUUCCUCAAACGCGUCAAACCGGGCUACUCGUCCGACCCAUUCCCCUUCGCAUCAUCCCAUCUAUCGGACCCCUCUCUCUCCUUCGACUCGAGCGCAGGCGCAGGGGGGAGUGUGUAUGCAGAGAGGGGGCGGGAGACGGCGGUGUUCGAUAGGUUCAUAGCGGUGACGGUUGGGGAGGAUUUGAGGAGGGUGGAGAGUGUGUUUUCGGAGGGGAGUGGGGCGGAGGUGGAAAUUAUGAAGAGGUUGCAGCCGGCGGCGAGGAUCGAAGACCUCUUAUCGACCCUGCCCCCGCACUUGAUAACACCCACCGACAUCCUCCCCUCCCCCAUCUCAUCCCCAUCCUCAUCCCUGGAACGCAAGCUUCCGCUACCGCAAGCACUGGUUAGUAUCUUCCUAACGCCGAAUUGGGUGCAGGUGUGGGUGGAUGCGCAGGUGGUGGGGGGUUUGGUGAGGAAGGGAGGGGGAGGGGGAGGGGGGAAGGAGAUGGUGCUUGAAGUGAGGACGGCGGGGACGGGGACGUUGGAGGGGAUUGUGGGCAGGGUCGGGGAGGGGUUGGAGGGGUUGAGGGUCGGGUUGGUCGGGUGGGGUGGGAGGGUUUGGUGA